CUGUGAACACCACCCCUAGCAGCUGGAGCCUGGACAGUGGGAAGGAAGCCAGAAACACAUCAGAAAGUGGAAAGCUUAUAUCUCCUCCUGUACCACCAAGACCCGCACAGACUGCAUCACCAGCAAGACACAUAGCCUCUGUUUCCCCUUCUCCUGCUGGCAGAUCACCAAUGAAGGGGUCUGUGCAAUCAUUCACACCGUCUCCAGUGGAGUAUCAUUCCUCGGGGGUCAUAUCCAACUCCCCGGUGCUGUCGGGGAGUUACAGCAGCGGCAUCUCUUCGCUCAGCCGGUGUAGCACGUCGGAGACGUCGGGCUUUGAAAGCCAAGGCAGCGAACCAGCAGUGACUGUCCCAAGCUACAGCGUGUCCGAGGAGCCUGUGAGAAAAGAAAGUAAGACCCCGCCGCCUUACAGCGUGUACGAGCGGACUUUGAAACGCCCCGUUCCUCUACCUCACAGCCUCUCCAUCCCGCCCGCCGCGGACCCGCCGGCGCUGCCGCCCAAGCCGCAGCUGGUCCGGCCAAACAAUCUGGAAAACAGCAGCAGGAGGACUGAGCAGGUUCCCCGGCCCAGGCCUCUGCCCCGCAAAGUCUCUCAGCUAUGAGAAGCCGCUUUUGUAUUUAAUUGCAACCAAUUCUUUACCGUUUAAGAAAUAAUAUUUUUUAAAAAUGGUAAAAUGCGUUUAGUUAGGCACUUUAAUAUUUCGCCCACCUUUUCUUCUGAGUAAUUUUAAAAUGCUU